AGCUAUACUCUCAUUUUCUCUCACCUUGACAUCUUCUUUCCGUCUGGUUUCUUUUUUCGCAGGAUUGUAGCAGGAAGCCAUGUUUCGGUGUGCCAGUACUUGCCUGCUUCGGCAACUCUCGCAGGCCAACAAAUAUGGGCACCAAGUCAGGUGGCAGCAGGCGGCAGUGGCCGGUCUCAACAACACCAUGGCUCCUGCCGAGCUGCGCGAGCGCCAGAAGGUGGCCACCUUUGACACGGCCAAGCUGACCCACCUGCUGGACCACGACAACCACGACAUGCGCAACCGCUACCGCGAGUACCAGAAGGACCCGGCCACGCGCAUGAAGCCCCGCUACAACAUCUCACUGGAGGAGGAGCGUGAGCUGGCCCUGAAGAGGCUGAAGGCCGUCUGCGACAACGACUUCAUCUCCGUCCUCAACUUCGUCGACAACCCGUACAAGAUUUUCGCGGCGCACGAGCUGGUGGGCAUCACCGACCCGGCCACGUGCACCAAGAUGACGGUGCAGUUUAACCUGUUCGGAGGCACCGUGCUCAAACUGGGCACCAAGCGACAUCACGACAAACUGCUCAAGGGUAUCGACACUCUGGAGGACGUCGGCUGUUUCGGCCUCACCGAGCUCGGAUACGGCAACAACGCUGUGGAGAUGGAGACCACGGCCACUUACGACAAGGAGACAGACGAAUUCAUCGUGAACACACCGACUACUCUGGCCCAGAAGUACUGGAUCACCAACGGCGCCAUCCACGCCAAAUGGAUCGUGGUGUUUGCGCACCUGAAGAUGGGCGACACCAACCACGGCAUCCACGGCUUCCUGGUCCGCAUCAGGGACGACGACAUGAAGGUUCUCCCCGGCGUCACUGUCGAGGACAUGGGCUACAAGAUCGGCCUGAACGGCGUCGACAACGCUAAGCUCUCCUUUGACAACGUGCGCAUCCCCCGGGAGCACCUGCUCAACAAACACUCGGAUGUGUCCGCGGACGGAGAGUUCAAGUCGUCCAUCCAGGGCGCCCGGAACCGCUUCCUGACGGUGGCCGACCAGCUGCUCGCCGGACGGAUCUGCAUCGCGUCCAUGUCUGUGGGAGGCACCAAGGCGGCGCUGGCCAUCGCCGUGCGGUACGCGGCCACCCGGCUGACGGUCGGACCCCGCGGAAAGUCGGACAUGCCAAUCCUGAUGUACCAGCUGCAGCAGCGUGCUCUUCUGCCCCUCAUCGCCCAGUCAGUCGCCACAAACCUCGCUGUCGACUACGUGAAGGAGCGGUGGGCCGAGCAGCCGGCCGACGGCUCGGAGCACGCCGAGAUCGUCACCAUGUGCUGCGCCAUCAAGCCGAUGGCCUCGUGGCUGUUCGAGCGGGUGGUGACCACGUGUCGCGAGCGGUGCGGCGGCGCCGGCUACCUGGCCUGCAACCGCUUCGGAGAGAUGAUGGGCUCGGCGCACGCGGCCAUGACGGCCGAGGGUGACAACUCGGUGCUGAUGCAGAAGGUGGCCAAGGAGCGCCUCUCUGCGUUCAUGCCGUCCAUGCCGGAGCCGGUGGAUGUCGACCUGGACGACACGUCUGUCCUCCACCAGCUGCUCAUCUCGCGCGAGAACCUCGCCUUCGGACUGCUCGGCAUGAAACUCAUGAAGGCCGGCAAGGAGAAGCUGUUCGACACGUGGAUGCUGAAGGAGAGUGACCUGGUGCAGGGCUCGGCGCGCGCCUUCGCCGACCGUCUGAUCUCCGAGCGGUUCGCCGACGUCAUCUCCAAGCAGACGGACGAGCCGCUGAAGAAGACGCUGCAGAAGCUGUACCACCUGCACCUGCUGACCGUGAUGGAGAACAACCUGGGACAGUUUGUCUGCAGUGGGCUGCUGCCAUCCAAGCUGGGAGCCAAGGUGAACCUGACGGCGGCCAAGCUGUGCACCGAGCUCGGACCGCAGAUGCUGCAGCUGGUCGAGGCGUUCGGCAUCCCCGAGGAGAUGCUGUCCGCUCCCAUCGCCCGAGACUGGGUCCAGUACAACUCGUACGAUAACCAGGGCGAGGUCUGAGCAGAGCCCCGCACGCACCGCCUCACAGGCGAUAGGGGCCGCGGCCGCCGCCGCGCGCCCAUCCCAACAAUGCAAUGAUGAAUAGUUUAUAAUGUCAUAUAUCUGUAUCGAAGGAUUCGGUGAUCGCGGAGUGACGAACGGUCCUCGGCGAGGACCCGCGCAGUGUGAAGUGAUUUGUCCGAUGUCCAAAUAAUCGCCGCAUGCCCUCGGCAGCGUUCUCGCGUCAGACAAAACAGUGUGAGAAAAAAUAAUACAUGUAUUUCUCGAUUU